GCACUGCAUGUAAUGUCUAAACUUAUGAAAGAAUGCUGGUAUCAAAAUGCAGCAGCUCGUCUUACUGCACUCCGAAUUAAGAAGACAUUGGCUAAUCUAGGUGCAAAUGAAGACCUCAAAAUAUGAAUAAAGAGAAUGAAACCUCUUCCUUUGUAAAAUAAAAGAUAGAAACACUAGCAAGGGAAGGCAACACAAAGUAUAACGGACUCCGUCCCAGGUGAGAGUUACACGUACAGACCGCUAGAAUUUCAAAGUGUUCUUCGGUGCCUGUUUUUAUCAGAUGAUCUGAUACCUUCAUCAUCAUACCUCAUGUAGGGCAAAAUUUUACAUGUACUUAGGCUUGACAGAUGGUUGAUAUCAUUUGAAUUUUGUACUCCCUAAAGUUACAUUUCAGAAGAUUUGAAUUAAUUUUUUGUACAUUCAUUGUUAUGUGACAGCCCACAAGCAAGGCUGUUGUGCAGGAAAGCGAGUCUGUAGGUGUGCUUCUCAGUUGAGACAUAGUUUGCCCCUAUGUGGUGAGUUCAGGCAGUUGUCCUGCUGGGGGGGGGAGGGUGAAACCACCCACUGGACCUGACGACUGUGACAUUUUCACUAGUCAUGCCUUUUUUUGUUUGAAACUUUUUAUGGAGUCAUUUUUAUAUAUAUAUGAAAGUGAAUGAGUGUGAAACUCAGUUUAGACUAACAAAUUAUAUGUAAAAAAAAAAAUAACAAAAUAAUUUUUAAAAGUCGUGAUUAACUUAUAGUAGAGCGGUCUCACCCAGCCUGUAGCUCCUGUAGCCGCCAAGACACUGCCCCCAAGUCUUGUUGAGUGUCCAAGACCCUGAGGGUCUGCACUUGUGAAUCUCAAGGGAUACAGACCAGAAAUACAAUUUUCAUCACAAGUAAGGCGGUGCAGCCAACCUGCCAUGUGCAAUGUACUCUAAUAUAGUGGUGGGGGAAAGAGAUGUGUUCUAGAACUCUCUAUAGGUAGUUUACAUGAUGGCGGCUUUCAUCUCCUAGAAAAUGAAUAGAAAUAGUUCAUAGGAACAUGUAGAUUUUUAUUGUGGAUGUGUCUCCACAGCUUUCACAAGAGUUAGCAGAUGAGAGACUGGCUGCACUGCUUUGCUCUCAGUCUUUGCUCAGAACUACAUUUUUUACUGCAGAUUUCAUUUUGUAAAAUAUUUUUACUUAAAUUAUUAACAUAGUAUAAUUCUUAGGAUGUUGCCACAUUUGGGUAUCUCUUUCACGCAUGCUUUUGGACCCACCCUUGCAUUGCUGAAUUCUGAUCAACCAUAGAAGAUAUAGAGCUGUGUGAAGGCAGUGUUUCUCAAUGAAAAAUAACAAUUAACUUCUUAGCAAAAUAUUAUAAAAAUUGAAGCUAGUUUGUGAUAAUCCACUUCGGUGUGCUGUUCACAUGCAAAAUGGGUAGAAAAAUGAGGGGAAAAAUUUAAAUUUUAAAAAUAUCAUUAUUCCUAUUAUUUUUAUUGGUCAUCUCUAAAUUCAGUGACACCUAAUAUUCCACAGAAUGUUUUUGGUUCUGUGGUGAGUGGUUGUGACUUAGUGAAAUGACUUGUUACUGAAAGGAUGAUCAGCUACUAAUUUUUGGUCAGAGAACAAAAUAUUCCCUCUAAUUUUGCCACACUUACACAACUUCCAAGCCUUCAGUAGGUUUUAUAAUGGCAUCUCCUAAUAGUUUGGUGUAUGGUGUUAACUUAAUCACAUUAGAAUUUCCUUAGAUCCGUGGGUUUCUUGGUUCUUAGUGGAAUAGGAAAAGUUACCUUUUGAUUUCCAACUUAUGUAUUUUAAUGCAGCUUGUUAAUCAAAAUGUGAAACGAUAUUGAAGGUAACAACUGUUAUAGAGUAUCUGAUUUAAGUGUAUGCCUUCUGACUUUGCAGAGUGUAGAAACCUGCUAUUAGUACUGGUUCACACGUGGACUACUUGCUAAUUCUCAAUACAGUCUCAUUAUUGUCUUGUUUUAUGGCCAAAUUGCUGUGUUAUGAAACUGGAUUGCUUCUCUUCUAUUGACCCAAUGCUGGAUUGUAACAUAUUUUGAGAAUCUCUCAUUCUUGAAACCAUACUCUGAACCACAUACACAAAAAAUGUGCGUGAUGUGUGCUACCCAGAAGCAUCAUAAAAGAAAUUAUAGCAAUUCAGUUAUUGGCACUCCUACAAUCUAGGAUGAUUGCCCUGCACACCUUACACAAAAAUUGCAUAUUUUUUAGGAUUUUAAAUUUAAUUUACCUUUUUUAAACUUCUCCACAUUUUAGAUUCUUGGUGCAGCUUAGCCAUAUGAAUGGAUAUUCUAAUCGCAUAUUAAUAUCAACAUCAAUCAAUUUAGAAGAGAUUUAAUAUGACAGCUUACAGUAUGUGCUAGAAUAAAACGAGCAGCUAUCAUAGUGAAAAACAAUUCACCAAAAAGAAUUCAUUUCUAACUUUGAUUUGUGCUACAUAAGUUGUCAAUUUAUUAAGUAACUAGCUUAUUACCCAUUAUUGCUUAGGUAUUUAUUUAUCAAAAUUGUCUAUUAAACAGCUCCACAUGCUCUUUCCACCUCUCCCUGCAUGCACACACUCAUACACCACCCUACCCACAUGUCUGCCUGCGUUGCCCAUCUCACCCUCCUCUUCCCGCAUGCCAUACCAUCCUUGCCUUCUGCCUUCCCUCACAUGUCCCAUUCCACAUGCCUUUCUGUCCUACGUACCCAACCUGGCCCCACAUCACCCACCAACAAUGCUGCUUAGACGCAUUCAAAGUUGCAUAAUUUGAAGUCAACUUUUGAAACCCAAACCCUCAUCCCCCUUUCCCCUCUCCCCCUCGCCAUCCCCCCUUCUUUCUCCUAAGUUUUUUCUCAGCUUCACAGAUUUUUUCUGCAACAUUUGAGAGCAAUCACUGUUGGAAACGUUUUGUGAAUCAAUUGUAGACCAUUACACCCAUCAAUUUGAUAUAUUAAGUUGAUCAUCACAAUUAAAAUAGUAACCUACACAGACAUCCAAAUUCUAGCCCAAGUGGCAAUUAAAACAAUUCUGAUAGGAUUUUUUUCAAAACAAUAUGGUUUCUUAAUUCAAUAUAAAUGUGUGUGCGUGGUUGGGGGGGGGGGAGCAGUUUAGGAUUUGUUUUUCCUUGUGUUCAGUAUACAUUUUACCCAGAGACCUCAUUCCCCAUUACUUUUGCAAUUAUAUAUAUUUAUGGGAUGACUCUUCAAAGUCUCCUUUUAAAUACCUGAUUGACAUACUGCAUUCUAUUUAAUGAAGAACACAUUUUAUUAUUUAAUUUUUUCAGUUAUUACAGUUUGAUGAUUUCUUCAAUGUAAGAAAUUUUACUUUCAUUGGCAUUUUCUUACACCAGCAAUUGUGAAUUGAACUUGCAUUGUUUGCAAAACUGAGAGGUUAAGCAAUGUCAUCACAAAUGUUGAGAAAUGAACUGUCAGCUAUUGGUUACAUUUGGAGAAUGAAAUUAGGACCAUUAGUUUUUAAUAUUCCAGUGUAAGUUGCAAAGAUGUAUUUAUGUAGAUUGUUCAGCAUUCUACAAUUUCUCCAAAGUAGACCAUUAAGUGGUGUUAAAUUAAAAAUCCCUUGUGUUUCGUCCAGACAUUUAAUUGUCUUUUUUGGUGUGUUGUGAGAAAUAAAACUGGUUGAUCCAAUUGGUCCUAUUCAUAGGGAUUUUUCUAGUAAAGUUUUUCACCCUAAAUUCAUAUAAACUAAUUGAAAUUUUCCUGAACUCUGAGUUUUUUUUUAAUUUAAGAAUUUUUUAUGUAUGGUACCAUGUCAUGAAACAUUACAUGAUUACAUAUGGUAGGUGCGUGGGUAAAAGGGAAUAAGUCAAGUUGUUGUCCAAAACGAGUAUGCUAGAACAUUGUUACAAUACUAUCAUUAAGUAUUGGGGAAAUGUAAUAUUUCAAUUUUGCGAUUAAUCUUUCUUGACAAAAUUGAAAUGAUAGUUAUCUCCAUAUUCACAAUAAUAGUAUCGUAGUAAAAUAAUGUUCUGGCAUUCUCAUUUUGGACAAAAGCUUGACUUAUCCCCUUUUGUAUGCCAUAGGUGAGUGUAAUAAUUUCCUGAAUAUAAACUUAUAUAUUGCUGCACCAAUAUCUCAUUUUUUUAACAUUUUGUUGCUGCAAUGAAGACUAAAUUGGAGAUUUUGUAUUUGCUUCUCAACUUGUGUGAUAUAUCUAAUUCAAGAGUAACAGAAAUUCAGAUACUUUCCAUGCAGUUCGAUGUGUCCUGAGCCAUUAAAUUAUUCCGUGGAUUGUCAUUUCUCAAAUAAGUGUUGGAAAUUUGGUAAAGAAUGGUUUAAACCCUUCGAAGUUUCAAGUGAUAGUGUAAUAAAUUAUCACAAAUAUUAAUUUCUUUUAAGUUUCAUUAAGGACUUGCAAACAUUCUGUAUCAUUUGGGGAGGAAACAAACUACGUAUAUGAAUUCAAGACAAAAAGGGUAUUGAGAAUUGUGUUUUUCUCUCAUUGGCCAAAUUAUGAAAAUUAAAUUUUAUUGAUCAUUGAAAUUAUUUAAAAGUUUUUGUCACUUCUGUUUUGGCUCUUUUUGAUUCUACAGCUUUCAGUUAAAUUUUCUGAGUAUUUCCGUGAAUUAUUGUUGUCAAACGUGUUUGUGGUUUUCUUGACAUCUUUUCUAGUUAUUUGUCAUUUAGUUGAAGGUUCAUUGAGGAACACUGCCAGAAAUGAAUUUAAAAGUUUCAUUGUUUUCACAUACAGGAUGCAUUCCAUAGAUAAGUGAAACUGACAAGCAUUUUGAACAAAAUUUUUAUAGCAAUGUAUUCCAUACCUCAGGAUCACAACUUGUGCUACUGUUCCUUGCCAACAGGCAAAGGUUUACAUACUAUAAUGAGUUCUGUAGUUAUUUGUCAUUAGUACUAUUAUAUACAGAUUAGACAUAUUUGCUCUGUACAUUGCCAAGUGUGGUUCAACUCUUGACUUUGUGCGUAAAUAUGUCUCCCACUCUUGCCAGGUGCUGAGUUUAUUUAGUGAGUACUGACCUGUUCGUUCUGCAUGAAGCAGAUGUGGUUUGUUGAAUAUUGAUUGUGACUCAUGUCCCCAUGAACCCCAUGAUGUCCCAUACAACAAAUGUUUUAUACGUGUGUGAAUACUGAGUAUAUCUUGCUGAUUUUUGCUAAUGCAUUUUUUUAAAAUAUCAAUUUAUAUCAAUGAAUAUUGUGUUUGUAGCUUCAUUGUGGAGCACAUAGGAUAUGUAAUAUUUGUACACUAGUGUGAGUGUGUGCAUAUGUGCGCGUGUGUGAGCUCAUUCACGUAUUGUAGUUCCUAUCAAUGUGGGUUUUUUGCUGUUCUGGUUGUAGUUUUGUCUCAGAUUUGUGACAAAAUUAUUUCCAGAUCUGGCAGCUAUGAGCCUUCUAUUUUGCAGUGUGUGUGUACAUAAUAUAAUUUUUAAAGUAUUCUUAAGAAUCUUAGGUUGAAGAUGUUAUAAUUUCACUAUUAUUUUAGCACAAUUCAGGUGGUAAACUGUCUUGCCCAGUUUAUCUUAAUUUUCUACUGAUGUCCAUGAAUUUCCAUUUUUUCCAAGCAAAACAUUUUCAGUACAAAACUUCCCCAUGUCAGCUCAUAUAUGAUUUUUACACUGCCCCCAUGAUUCCUGAACAAUACUCAGUGUUCUGGAGUGCAGGUUUUCCCUGUUCCCGUUAUCCGUCACUCCUCUCGUAUGACUACCUCUCCCUUCUGAAAGUAAACUUUCUCCCAACUUCCUAUUACCAUACCAACCUCAAAUGCAGUUCAAAUCAUUCUCAGUGUUUCUAAACAAAGCUUUUUGUACAAAGAAUAUAGGUCCUGCAUGUUUAAUGUUUAAAGAAUAUUGAUAACAAUAACCUGCUAACAUAAUACAUUGUCCAGAUGCAACAUAACAUAAACAAUAACACUUUCGUUUGUGAUGUUUUUAAGUGUAAAUGUAUAUUUGUAUGAAAGUAUGGUAGGGGGAAAAGAGGGAAUUUAAAUACUCAUAUUUGUAAUUUCUAAGGGCAAACUCAUUCAGGGUAUUUUGCCCAAAGGGAAAAAUCAUUAUACUGCAUCCCUCGAGAGAGCAUGUUUCAUAUUGACUCUACUUCUGCAUAAAUAAACUAUCUUGGUGAGAAUGCCAUUCUUUGUUGAGUCUAGAACUUCCCAGAAUUUUGAUACAGGAAGAAUGAGAGAGACAUAGAUCUUCUGUAGUCCAUCAAUCUCAGUGUUUUGUGGUAAAAUAUUGAAAACAUGAAGUGCAAUAUUUCUCGAAUGUAGUAGUGCCUCAUCAGAAUUUUUCUAAUACAGUGAGAUGACAGGUCAUUUGUUUGAUGAGGGAAAAACGUCUUUAAACAUUCCCCAUUCUUAUAAAUGUAUGAAAUUGUUACAGAUCUAAUUGUUAAAGAGUAAUAAUAAUUUUUAAACUCAAGAAAUAUCACACUCAAACGGGAGCCUAACUCAACGCCUUAUGACUCCAGCCAGAUAGCCUUUAGCCAAGCCUUUACAAGAAAUGUGUAGGGCCAAGGCAACUCUAUUUUCACUACCAGAGCUCUAUGGCGAGUCUUCUCCAUUUCUUUGUUAAUCAGUUGUAUUGCUAAUGGAUCGUAAUGUCAAUUCUCAGCACUGUCACUUCCUCGAAUUUUGUUUGACAAAAAAAAAUUAAGUGCAUUUCUUUUCCACUGGAUGUGUGUGCAUUCAGAUACUUAGCUGUUUCUUUUGCAAAAAGUGGUUUAAGCAAAGCUGAUAUUUGUGCUCUCGUUAGUAGAACAUGAGGAAAGCUGCAUCCUGGCCACUUAGUCUUGAACAUUUAUGGUAGAUAUGGGUAGACAUAAUGGAAUUGGCAGCUUGGAGUUGAUAAAGAUGAACAGGGGUUGGCGAUUAAUGUCCCAAAUGCUAAGACCAGAGUGUGUUUUUCUUACCCUCAUAUAAAAAACACAAAGUAUUUUGUCUUUAAUUUUAAAUGUUUUUAAUUUUACCAUACAAUGUUGCCAACCAUGACAAGUACUUAAAACUGAAUAGUAAAUGUUGCAUUUCAUUCUUUACAACGAAGCUCUUUUGGACUCUUUGGAGGCGCUAUAACCUAUUUGGCAUAAAAAAUGUUCUGUUUAUUAUCAAAACAGUUUGGCUGGUUAUAUUUUUCACUUAGAAUGUGAUAUGGAUGUGAUCCAUGGGACAUAUUGCCAACUCCUGUACUGAAACAUUGUUUUUGUUUGAUAGUUUCGUUUUAAUCUAAUGUUGUUGCACAUAAAAAUUGAUCAGGUUCUCAGCAGUCUUUAUUAUAAAGCUAUGAAAUUACUAUAAUUUAAUAAAACCACCCAUAAAUUAUUGAUUAUCUCACUUAAAUACUGUUUUAAUUAUACUUUUGAGGUUAAAACAUAAGUUCUGUUUUUCUCUCUCACUCCCCCUCUCUCUUUUUGUCAUGAUUGUUUUUUUAUAUCAAACUUUUUUUUAUUUAAUCUGUUGCAUUUUGUUCUGAAAAUUUAGUAUAUUAUAAACAGCCACUUUUAGAAUUUAAUAUUGUCUUCACUUUUGAUUAAGAGCUUUUAGUAAAGACUCAGUUUUAAAUGAUCCUCUUAAAAUUGCAAGAUAUGAGAAUACUUGAUAAGGUAUUGUCAUAAAAUCACACCUAGUUGUAAGUUGAUGACCCAUUGAUUAUAAAAUGUUUUUUAUUACCAUUGGUAGGUAAGCAUUCAUCAUCUAGUAUUCACAUUGGUACUAGAGGUAUUGUCACAUUCUGUGCAUAUAGUUAAGAUGUUAACUUGUUUUCGGAAAGAAUAAUUAACCCCUGCUUUAUUUGUAAUAUCCACAAAGUAUUUGACAAAAUAAUUUAUGGGUGGUUUUCUGUGAACCUGCUAGAAAUGUAGAAUUUUAUCAAUCUCAAAUUUAUCAAAUUUUAUGGGACAGUAAAUCUGUAAAACAUAUUGAAGGAUCAAGGUAAUACCAUUGUGGUGUGUUAGAUUUCCUUGAGAACAAUAGAAAAAGUGUGAUUUGGCAAACAAAACCUGCAGUAAGGGAAGGAAUUUAAAAAUAUAAGAUUUGAAGGUUACUUUACUAAAUAUAAUAGGAAACUUCAAACUUAAAGAAAAGAUGGAGUGUAUCUUGAAUAAAGGCAACUUUUUGACUACUUCAAUUCGUACAUUCCCAAGGACAUUCUGUACUUGGAUUCAUUCUAAAAUUAUGUUAUAUAAUCCUGAAGACAAAUUAAGCAUCUAUAACUUUGACUAGAGUUUUUAUUAUUAGCAGGGAGAGAUGCUGCUGUCUUUGUGGAGUAUGGUUUGGUAAAAGAUGGGUGUGAAGGUUUUUUUUGUCAUUGAUAUUUGCAAGAAUUCACUGCACAUUAGCUUUGGAAUCCUUUUUUCCAUACACUUGUGUUCAUUGCCUAUGCUUACAGCUUAUUUCCUUGAAAAUGUUGCAACUUCAGGAAUUUUUGUUGUAUUAAUGUAGAAGUGAGAAAUAAAUGGCAACAAAAAUGUGCCUGUUUUUAAAAUAAUAUUGUAAGCCUGGAUUUUGUAUGAAAAUGUUUGUAACAAAUUUCAUUAAGCACUUUUGUGUACACAGCACUUUAUUGAAAUUUUAAGGUGCAAAGGUAUUGGAGUGUUUUUUUACAUAAUCUUGCACUUUGAUAUAGUAUGUAUUAGGGCUGGAUUUAUCGAUGGAUAGUCAACAGAGAUUUGUCUCAAAUGUUGUAAAUCCUGCAAGAAAUCAUGAAUAAUUAGAAUUCUGCUUAACUUGCAUUAACAUGUUCGCAUGUUCAAUUUGUUUCAAAUUAAUCUAUAUAGUUUUCAAUGCUAUAAGUCACAUAGCAGAAACCGAUUGCAAUGAACUUUCCUAAAAAGCAAACAAGCUAUCAGACAUGAAAGUCUAUGAAUACAGGAAAACAUUUCCUUUUACAGUCAACUAGCCAAAUAAAUCCAGCCCAAGUAUGUAUGAGUAGGCAAGAAUGAUCUAGUGCUUAUUUCUAUAUUUCUAAAAUGAUCACUAUCAAGAAAGCACAGCACUUGAGCAUCUCUUGAAGGUUCGUGUUUAAGUGGCCAGGUACUCAUAGAAAUAUAAUGAUUUGUAUGGCAAGAAAUGCCUUUCAUUAGCAGGAAGUUAAAUAGUUUCUCAAAAUUGUAUAUGAAUAAGAAUGUGUAAGCCUUUUCAGGUAUUUUAAGCCUUCCUGCCUAGAUUUACUGAGUGAGUUUAUUGUGAGUGCUUUUCUAAUAUGUCAGCACUUUUGGGUGCAUGUUUCCAUGUUGUGUUCAAAAAUUAACCGGGUAACUUAUUGUUUAACAUUGUAAAACUUUUCAACUCUUUAUUGUCUACAAAUAGAUCUUGUGUUUGGGAUUAUUUUGGGACAAGACUAGUACAUAUUUUGUUACUUUGUAAAUAUAUAUACAUAUUUAACAUGGUUGUCACAAGUGUAAUUUGAAGAAAAACUUUCUUAUACAUGAAAUAUUUUGUAUCUGUGCGUAGGUUUACAGGACUCUCCAUUGGUAGAAGGCAGUUUUUAUCGAGAAUUCUUUGUACUACUACAUAAGUGUGUGCAUUGCUCUAUCUGGGAUCUGGCAAUUUGCAGUGGUUGCAACCAGUUUUGCACGUAGCUGUAACAGUAGAGUAUUUUUUACUGUACAUAAACCUGUAUCACUACUGACAGGCAGCAUGUUGCUAGACAGGCAAUUUGAAAAAUGCCAGGUACUAAGAUCAAAUGAAGGCAACAGUUUUUGGCUGCAUGGAGAACUCUAUUCUGGAAUCAGAUACUUUGGCACUUAAAGAAUUAUAUAUAAGUCAGGUGUUUCAGAACUCUCUAUGUAGUAAAGUGUCAAAUUCCAGCAGAUUUUUUGUUUUCCAAAAAAAUUCUGGAAUCAGAUACUUUGGC